AUCUGCGAACGGCGACACCGUCUCUCUCACUCUCUCCGAUUCUUUUCAUUUCGCUAAGUAAAAAUAUUAUUUUUAAAAGUAAAAAUCAAUAAACGAUAAAACGUCGCCCGAUUUUACCCAGAACUCAAAACCCUAGGGCUUUCAAUCUGUAGGGUUUCACUCGCUUUUUAAUUUUGCAAAUCAUUUGAUUUUAUUUUUCCUUGUAUGGAUACUGAGGAAGAAGAGCCUCACCACGUCCCCAAUGUCGAUUCCUCCGUUCAAUUUGACGAUUACCAGAUGACUACAGCCACGUACUCCGAGUUACAGAAUCAAAACACUGAGUCACGUUCCGAGCUCGAGUCUGCUACGACAGCGGCGUCCCCUGUUGAUGGAAAGGAAGAGGAAGAUGAGGGGAAGGGAGCUGAUGUGGAGGUGGCGGUUGGUGAUGAAAAGGGCGGCGGGGAUUUGAUUGUUGGAGAGGAGAAGCAUGAGAUUGGUGCUGUUGUUGAACUAAAAAGUUCGUCUCCGGUUGAUGGUAAUAACGAAGAUGGUGAUGGAGGGGACAGCCGUAUGGAAGGGGAGAAAGCUGAAUUGGUGGAGGAUGUGGGAUUGGAUGAUGUGAUGGACAAAGUGGAGGAUGAGGCUAAUUUGUCGGAUGAAAGAGUAACAGCUGGAGGGAUUGAGGUUUCUGUGGCGGAGCAAGAAGUUGUUGAGUCGGCUGAGGAAGCGGGUAAAUCGGUGGAGCAAAAGGUAGCUGAUUAUGUAAAUGACCGACUAGAUGUUCCAGAGGAGAAAGAGUUGCUUGACGGGGUGGGUGAAAGAGGGACUGACGAUAAGGCAGAGGUGAAUGGUGCGACGGAGGAAAUUUUUGUUAAGGAAGAAACAACCUUAGCAGUAGAAGCGGAUGAUUCAACACAGCAAACCUUGGUUAAGGAGGAAACUGUAAUUAUGGAGAAAAGAGAGGUGGCUGAUGUAUCUGUGAAAAGUGAAUUACUGGUUGAUAAUGAGGUGGAUCAAAGUGGGAUUAUGGAUAAAACUGGGGUGGAUGACAUUGCUGAGGAAAGUGAAUUUCUGGAGAAACCCGUGGCUGAUCUUGCAGUUCCGACUGAGGUUGCGGGAGAAACUGGUACUCACAUGGUUGAGAAAGGUGUAACUUUGGAAGAAAAAAGGGUAAAUAAUGUGGUUGAGCAAACUGUAAUUUUGGAGGAUAUUCAUGCUGUAGAGGAAGUAAGUACUGAUAUGGCCGAGCCAGAGGAGGACCCUGUGAUGGAAAAAAAUAUGGUGAAUAAUGUGCCUGGGCAAACUGAAAAUAUGGAGGAUAUUCAUGCCGUAGGGGCAGCAGGUACGGAAAUGGACGAGGCUGAGGAGGACCCUGUAAUGGAAGAGGAAUUGGAUGACGAAGAAAAUACUGAGUUGGGAAAUAUAGGAGAUGAUGUUGACGAAGCAGAGGGGACUGAGACCGAGAUGACAGAUACUGCAGAGGUAAUGGAAGCAGCAGAUGAUACUGAGUUGCCAGACAUGACGGAAGAGUUGGAAACUGAGGCAGCAGAGCUGACGGAGGGCACGGAGGAGAUAGAGGAUAGCAGUAAAGCUAGUGGUGGCAAGAGGAAGCGGGGAAAGAAUUCAAGUACUAAGGUUCUGGCAAAAGCUUUAUCUAAUAAGAAGGCAGAAGAGGAUGUCUGUUUCAUAUGCUUUGAUGGUGGCGCCCUUGUGCUUUGUGACCGCAGGGGUUGCCCAAAGGCUUACCAUUCUGCUUGUGUUGGUCGUGAUGAUGCUUUCUUUCAAUCAAGGGGUAAAUGGAAUUGUGGUUGGCAUCUUUGUAGCAACUGCAAGAAGAAUGCCCUUUAUAUGUGUUACACAUGUACCUUUUCCUUAUGCAAGGGAUGCAUCAAAGAUGCUGUAAUCCUAUGUGUUAGGGGUAACAAAGGCUUCUGUGAGUCAUGCAUGAAUCUUGUCAUGUUGAUUGAAAGGAAGGAGCAGGUAAAUGAAGAAAUGGCACAAAUAAAUUUUGAUGACCGAGGUAGCUGGGAAUAUCUAUUCAAGGAUUAUUGGACUGAUCUAAAAGAGAGGUUAUCUAUAACUUCAGAUGAACUUGCUCUGGCAAAAAAUCCCUGGAAAGGUGCUGCCAAACGGGAAUCACCUAAUGAACAUGGUUUGAAUGAUGCUGGAGGAUCCGACUCCGAUAAUUAUUCUGGGAAUGUGGAAGUAGCUGUUUCUAAACGGAGAAAGACUAGGAGUCAAUCAAAGGCACGCGCAAGGGAGGAUGAUUCACCAAGCAUUGUGGCAGCUAGUGAUGAAGGGGCAUCUACAGAUGAAAAUGCUGAGUGGGCAUCAAAAGAGCUCUUGGAAGUUGUUAUGAACAUGAGAAACGGGGACAAAUCUGUUUUAUCUCGAAUGGAGCUCAGUCAACUUAUAUUGGACUACAUUCAAAAGUACAAGCUUCGAGAUCGUCGCAAUAAGUCUUACGUCAUUUGUGACGCAAUGCUUAAGAAUCUGUUUGGGAAACCGAGAGUGGGGCAUAUUGAAAUGUUAAAUCUUCUGGAUCCUCACAUAUUUUUCACCAAGGAGGAUUCUCAGACAGAUGAUUUCCAAGGGAGUGUUGUCGAUGCUGAAGCUAAUCAGGUCGAGGCUGAUUGGAACUCUGGUGCUUUGACUAAGACUGGAAAAGAUAAGAAACGUAAAACCCGUAAGAAGGGUGAUGGAAGGGGACUUCAAUCGAAUGUGGAGGAUUAUGCUGCCAUUGAUAUACAUAAUAUUAAUCUAAUUUAUUUGCGAAGAAAUUUGGUGGAGGAAUUGCUUGAAGAUACUGAAACAUUCCAUGACAAGGUUGUCAAUUCUUUUGUGAGAAUACGAAUAUCUGGAGCUAGUCAAAAGCAAGAUUUGUAUAGGCUAGUGCAAGUUGUUGAUACAAGCAAAGUUGCUGAACCAUAUAGAGUUGGCAAAAGAACAACUGAUUUUCUAUUAGAGAUUCUAAAUUUGAAUAAGACGGAGGCAGUAUCGAUUGAUAUUAUAUCAAAUCAAGAGUUCACUGAGGAUGAAUGCAAGCGUCUGCGUCAGAGCAUCAAGUGUGGACUUAUCAACCGGCUGACUCUGGGAGAUAUACAGGAAAAGGCCAUGGCAAUCCAGGCAGUCAGAGUCAAAGAUUGGUUAGAAUCGGAGAUUACACGCCUCAGCCAUCUUCGUGAUCGAGCCAGUGAUUUAGGACGUAGAAAGGAGCUUAGAGAAUGUGUAGAGAAACUGCAGGUUUUAAAGACACCUGAAGAGCUACAGCGUAGAUUAGAGGAGUUUCCUGAGGUACAUGUAGACCCCAACAUGGAUCCUAGUUACGAAUCAGAAGAAGAGAAGGAAGAUGAUAAGAAACAAGAUAAUUCUUUGAGGCCAAGAGGUAGUGGUUUUAGCAGGCGAGGCAGAGAACCAAUUUCUCCGCGAAAAGGAGGUUACAGUUCAACUGAUUCUUGGAGUGGGAACAUAAAUUAUUCUAGCAUGAAUCGGGAAUUAAGCAGGAACGUAUCUGGUAAAGGAUUUACAAGCAAAGGGGAUGAUUCUAUCGGAGCUAGUGAAAUGGGAAAUGAAAAUUCAUGGAGUCUUGCACGGGAGCGAGAAGCACAACAACCAAACAGUUGGAGCAAGCCAAAAACUGCUUUGAGUUCAGAAAUUGGGACGAGGAAUACCCACUCUAUUGUAAUCCAGGAACCAUCUUUGAAGGUUGCAUCAGAAAUUUCCCCUGCACCUCCAUCCACGGGAGUAACAAGCCAAAUUAAUGAAUCAGAGAAAAUGUGGCAUUACCAGGAUCCAUCUGGUAAAAUUCAAGGACCAUUUUCGAUAGUACAAUUGCGGAAGUGGAGUAACACUGGAUAUUUCCCUGCCGAUUUAAAAAUAUGGAGAACCAAUGAGACACAAGAUGAUUCUAUACUUUUGAAUGAUGCCUUGGCUGGAAAGUUUGAGAAAGACCCUCCAUUAGUAGAUAAUAGCCUGCCAAAGGAUCAAAUGGCCUUGUAUGGGAAUCCUCUUGGAGCUACCUUGAAGCAAGGAAUGGAAAGCCAAGUUGGAGAACGAUCAAGGCUUGAUCAGCAUCACAUAGCUUGGAGUCCUCAACGUGUUUUGGGUUCGCCGGGUCAACCUGCUCCAUCUUCACUUGAGAUCCCGAAGCAUUCUCGAGUUACAUGGGGCUCUGACACAAAUCUACCUUCUCCCACUCCAAACCGAACUCCCACCGGUGGGAAUUGGGGAAAACCGUUUGAAAACAAAUGGUCUCCUACCCCUGCGCAGCCAUCGGGUUCUCUUCCAGUAGCUAAUUCAGUCCGAGGGGGUGCGGUAGGGCUGCAACCUCCCACUGUUAUUCCAGAGAGUGGGAGCGCUGCUGCUCCUGUAGUGCAUUCGCAUACGAUGGUGUCAAGUGAAUUACACAGGAGACAGGUCAAUGCGUCGGCUUCAGUUAAUCUAGGUGUUGAUAUAAAAAAUGCAGCUGCGUCGGUCCAGAAUUUGGUUCAAUCUUUGAGUUCCCACAAUCCUUCUGCCGAGACUCAUGGACCUGGUUCUGUCUCAGUUUCAAGGCAAGAAUCAUUUUCUGUAUCCUCCAUACCUGCCGCUGGACCUCAAAGGUGUAAUGCUUCAACCCAGAAGCUAGAACCAAAUCCUUCCCUUGCCAUUCCUGCUCAACUUGCUCCUUAUGGUCAUUGGGAUGGUGCAUCACAAACCGGUCAAUUUCCUGCUCCUUUCAGCACUGGAAAUCCCGCUGGGGUUUUUCCAACUCCUGGUCAACCGAGUACGAUGCUAUCGGAUUCCUGGAGGCCUGCCGUUCCUGUUCAGUCAAAUGUUCAGCUUCCUGCUCCAACCAAUUUACCUUGGUGCAUGGCCGUUGCAGAUAACCAGGGUGCUACCCUGAGACAGGCACCAGGAAAUCAGAACCCUGCGAACAUGAGCUAUCAGGGUUCAGCUUCUGUUAAUCCUUUACAAAAUUGGGCUGUCCCUGGCCAAAGACAGGUGCCAGGGAAUGCAAAUCCAGGUUGGACUGGUCCUGGAAAUACAAUGCAAGGAUGGGCACCACCUGGACAAGGACCUAACAUUGUUAAUAAUGCAAACCCUGUAUGGCUUCCACCAGAUCAAGGAGCAGCACCAGGAAGUGUGAAUCCUGGUUUCGCGAUACCGUCUAGAAAUACAGGUGGCAUGUGGGGAAAUGAACCGAAUCACAAUGGAGACAAGUUUCCGGAUCAGCGAGAUAGGAGCUCCCUGGGCGGUGAAUCCGGUUUCAGUGGAGCAAAACCUUGGAGUAGGCAAUCAUCAUUCGGCGGCGGCGGUGGUUCUUCGAGGUCGUCCUUUAAAGGACAGAGAGUGUGCAAAUUCCAUGAAAAUGGGCACUGCAAGAAAGGGGCAUCGUGUGAUUACAUGCACACUUAAAAUUUUUGGUACAUAUAGAGCAGCUUAGGGUAGGUUGUCUGUAGGUAUCCUUUUGGAAAUUUCCUUUGAAUGAUAUAUGUUUGUAAAACCUUUUCCUUUAGUAGUUUUAACCCUUUAAGUGA